AAUUCAUUCAUAUCCGAAUCUAAGAGCAAGUGUGCUCGUGUAGCUGGUAUCAGUAUCAGUAUCCGCACCCGCUUUUCCACGAUCGACCACGAUGGAGCAUGUGCGUUCUGAUAAGAAUGAUAGCCAAAUACAAAUUCGUUUUGUAACCAAGCAACAGCGAUAUGCAGUACCGGAUUAUCCCCUAUCAGUGCACAGUUCCAUAGUGAGCAGUGAACUGAAUACUAUAAUAAAUGAACUUUUGAAAGAAUCGAAUGAUAUCCAAGAUGAACAAUAUCCGCAUGAUAUCCAAGUGGAAUUUGAUUUCUUAGUUUGUUCACAAUUCUUGCGUACACCCUUGGCAGAACAUAUCGCAGACAGGGGAGUUUGUGUAGAAGAGGUGAUAGAUGUGGAAUAUAUAGAGAAGCAUCCCUUGCCAGAACCAAAGGAUUGUUUAAUACACGAUGAUUGGGUAUCAGCUGUCGCUGUUUGCGGAAAAUGGAUCCUAACUGGUACUUAUGAUAAUAAACUGCAUAUUUGGACUUUGAAAGGUAAACAUCGUUUUGUGAUUCCUGGACAUAUGUCUCCUGUCAAAGCGGUAGCCUGGAUAUCUCUCGACAAUGAUAAAGCUUCCUUUGUCAGUGCAUCGAUGGACCAGACAUGCAUGAUAUGGAAUUGGGAUAUAAUAAAGAAUUCUGUGGAGUGUGUACAUGUUUGCAAAGGACAUAAAAGAAGCGUUGAAGCAGUUAGUGUAAACCACAACAAAACAUUAAUGGCAACUGGUGCUUGGGACAAUAUGCUCCUUAUAUGGUCAACGUCUACACAAGAAGAAGAUAAUGAUGGGGAAUCGGCAUCGAAAAAGGCAAGAUUAGAAUACGUUAGUAAAACGAAGGCUCCAAAACGCGCGAUGAAAGGACACAAACAAGCAAUCAGCGGGAUUGUGUGGUCCGACAAAACAGAAAUCAUAACAAGUUCGUGGGAUCACACCAUAAAGAUCUGGGAUUCGGAAUUGGGCGGUAUCAAACACGAAAUCCAUGGCGAUAAAUGUUUCUUCGAUAUUGAUUACUCGCCAUUGUCACGCACUGUGAUAACAGGAUCGGCUGAUCAACAUGUGAGACUGUAUGACCCGAGAUCUACAGAGGGUACUGUUUUGAAAACCAAGUUUACCUCUCACACACAGUGGGUAGCAUCAGUGCGCUGGUCGACCGUAGACGAACAUCUCUUCAUCUCGGGAGGCUAUGAUAAUGUCGUCAAGUUCUGGGACACCAGAAGCCCUAAAACACCGCUGUUUGAUCUCAUGGGACACGAAGACAAGGUCCUUAGCUGCGACUGGUCGAAUCCUGAAUUGAUAACCUCCGGUGGUGCGGAUAACACUUUAAGGAUAUUCAAGUCCAAGCAUGUAGCGCGCUAAUUAUAAAUAUAAUAUAACACAAGUGGUAUAAAGCAAAGGUACAAUCGACACAGAAAUAAUCGAGAAAUUGCUCGUGAAUAAUUUAGGUAUGAAAAUUCAUAAUAUUAAUACUAAAUAAUUUUGACAUCUGAAAAAUACUUAGUACGAUUAAUAAAUUGAGACGCAAAAAGCGAUCUUUACCGUUUUAGCACCAAUUAUGUAUAUAAUUUGUGCGUUUAUUUUAAGAAUCUUUGUAUUUGUUAUGGAUAUGUAUUUAUCGAUUUUCUCAUUGGAAACGAGAGUACUAUCUUGAAUCAAGAAAUUGAUUGUAUUUAAUCACAUUGUUGUAUCACGUGUGAAAACCAAGAUCGAUAUAACGGUAAAAAAAUAUUAUAAUUGAUUUUAAUAUUGCGGCAUCUUUUGAUUAAGAACACGCUAUUCCUAAAUCAGCGCCUUUCCGUUUCUUCUCUCUCUCUCUCUCUCUCUCUCCUCGUCAAAGUAACUCGUGCCGGAUAGGUAAAGUAAGAGAAUCUUGUCGCUCGGCAUAAAUCCCCAAAACAGAUCGUUUAUUGAUCAAAAAUAAGGGACGAUAAUCGUGACGAAUUUGGGAAAUUCGCUUCCCCGCAUCGCGAAGUAUUUAAUUAUUUACCAAACCGUUUCUUCAUUACUCGUGUAAUUCUAAAAAGACCACCGAUUCAAGUGUGCACGCCCCUAUAGCAGAGACACACAUUUAGGGUGUAUGCGUUAAUAAUACAGGAGCAGCGGAGAGCGUGCACCCUCGCAAUAGCGCGCGCAUUCUUUUUCCCUCUUUUUCUUUCUGUACAAGUUCUGUGUGUGUGUGUGUGUGUGUGUGUAUAUUCUGCACACAAGUGUGCGCUGUAGUCUUCUGUAUGUAAAAUAGGCAGAUGAUGGUUCUCUUUUUGAGUACGCGUUAUCUUUCUGCUUUUUCUUUUUUUCCCCCUUUUUUGAAGUUUAUGGCAUACACCUACGUACACACACGCGCACACGCUCCUACUCUCUCACUUUCGCUCACACAUUCUCUCGUCGGUUUUUUCGUCUGCUCGCAAUAUUUUCUCGUCGCGCGCGAUUUUUCUUCGGCUCUUCUUUUUUUUGUCCUUUUUCCAGUUUUUUCUUCUUUUUUUUUCAUUUGUUUGCUUGUUUAUUCUCCGAAGAUUCUAUCUAAAAAUUCCCACGUUAUCUCUUCUCACACAAAGACUAGCGUUUUUUUUAAACGAUCCAAAAUAAACUAAGGGCACUUUUUAGUGGCUUAUGCUCCAUAUGUCGUCGUCGUCGCGUGUGUUACGUUUCCCCCCUCCCAUCCCCCUUUUACGUUCAUCUUCGAGCUUUUUUCAUUAUUUUUUUUUCUUUAUUCAUGAAAAAUCUAAUUCUGACUUGUUUCUUGUUAAACUUUGUUUUAUUACAGCACCUAUUCGACUUCCUAAGAGUCUCCCUAGAUCUCUUAACUAGCUAUGACACAACUUGCCUUAACGUCUAAAGAUUUUUUUUUUUUCUUCACAUUACAUGCUAAAACGCCAUUUCUUCAGCUCUGCCUUAAAAGUACUCGAAAUUCUACAAAUUGAUCCUCGCGCACGGAUUUAAAAAGAGACUCCAGCGUCCGACGACAUCAGUUUUUUUCUCCCCGUUUUUCUGUGUUACUGCGCUUUUUCUCUCCGUCUCUGGCCAACCUUGGAAAGACGACGCAAAAUAAGCGGUACACGGGGUACGUGUCUCUCAUUUUUUUUUUCUCGUUCCAUCGUAGUGUAUUACAUUACGCACACACAAGUCCCGCUUCCUUCGUUCGAGAGUUCGUUCGUCGCCGAGCACGAAGGACGAGCGGAAUACAAAUGCAAAAAGAAAACAAGAGACAAAGAGUGGUGUGGGGCGCGGAGAUACAUCGGCCGGCGGGGGGAGGGGGAGAGGAGGAAAUGUGGAAGAAGAAACAGAGAUGUCGACUAAUUACAACUAUGUCGCUUAACAAACACGUGUAAAACAAUAACUUAAAAACUUGGAAAACUAAGGACUGUACAAAUCGAAGUACAAGACGAUGAUCUAGUCUCACCUCGGACCUCGCUUUUAUCGCUAAUUCACUCACACUCUCGCACGCAACAAACGCACGCAUUCGCUCUCUUAAGCCGAUCUCGACUAAACAUUAUUUUUACUUAAAAACAUCCUACAUCUUUUCGUCUCGUUCUCUCCUCGCUCUCAAUUUCCCUCUCUCACAUCCACUUUUUUUCUACAAUCAGAGCCUAUCGACUACAGUAUGUCUAAUCUAAAAAAGUUUCUAUGCUAUAAUUCUAGAGAAAGCUUUACGCUGGAAAGCAGCAUCGUCCGCAGCAGCAAGAACCGCUUUCUUGCCGGAAAACCCAUGUUGGUGGUGGCCAUAGACUGCGGGGAAGCUCGCGAGCUCUUUCACGACAAAAGCUUCACGUUAGAAGCAAAGAAUCGUACAAGGAAGAGGAAAAAAAACAUUCAUAUGAUUUUUCGCUUCUGACGUCUCGUGACACCGAUAUUAUACACCACAAGGGAGACUAUGAGGAUCGUUUUUUUUUGCGCGCCGAAAUCUUAAUCCUCCAGAAUAAUAUCGGCUCUAGAUUGUGGGGCAAGGGGGAUGAGGUGUGGCGACUUGUCUUCGCCGUGCGAAAUUCCACGCGAGCUCCCACGCCCUAUCGUGAUUCAAAUUCAAAAGCCCACAUCCGGCCAGCCCACGCACCCGACCCGCGGUGCGCAGCAAGCAAAUAGUUCCUUACUAUUUAUACAAUUAUACAAGUAUAGCGCUCAUAUGUAUAUAUAUAUACUGUAGAAUAAUAUAUAUAUAUAUAUUUAUCAAUUAAAAUAUGAAUAGCCAGUCAGUCUUGACGGGUGCGAGGUGCAUAGGCUGAACGGUGCCCCAUGCCCGUGUCUCGCUCUCCCUGAGCUCUCGUGUCCGCGAUAAGGUAACACGGAGGGAUGGCAGGUAGACACGGGAAAUGAGAGGCAUAUAUUUAUAUAUGUAUUCGUAUCCUAACUAUUACUAUAUUAUAGCUAAACUAUUGUUCUACCUAACUACCGUUGUAAACUUAGCCGAUAAAAGAUCGCCCCGUUCCUAUUAUCUCCUAAUUCGAGCGAGUGCUCGUCGUUCACUCGCACACGUCUCGCCUUAAUUCUAAGGAUUUUUUUUCCUUUUCAUUCAGUUCAACUCUAACUAUCUACGCGAGACACGUUGUCGCGCGCGCUCAAAAAAGAAAA